CGGCGUCAUCCGGAGCAUCAGCGAGCGGGUCCCAUUACAUCACUUCGCCCGCACCUGAUUCGCUGAAGGUCGGAGAUCCUGGAGGCUGCUCGCCCGCUGUUCGGUCCCCGUCCACCGACUCUGACCCGUUAACCCCUCGGUUCCGCGGGCGCGGCAGGCACCGGGAUGGCGGAGAGCGAGGCGGAGACCCCGAGCACCCCGAUAGAGUUCGAGAGCAAAUACUUCGAGUACAAUGGCGUGCGCCUUCCUCCCUUCUGCCGGGGGAAGAUGGAGGAGAUCGCGAACUUCUCCCUCCGGAACAGUGACAUAUGGAUCGUCACCUACCCCAAGUCAGGGACCAGCCUGCUGCAGGAGGUGGUGUACCUCGUCAGCCAGGGCGUGGACCCAGAUGAGAUCGGGCUGAUGAACAUCGACGAGCAGCUCCCUGUCCUGGAGUACCCCCAGCCGGGCCUCGACAUCAUUCAGGAGCUGACGUCUCCUCGCCUGAUCAAAAGCCACCUGCCCUACCGGUUCCUGCCCACCGCCAUGCACAACGGAGAGUCCAAGGUGAUAUACAUGGCCAGGAACCCCAAAGACCUGGUGGUGUCCUACUAUCAGUUUCACCGCUCCCUGCGCACCAUGAGCUACAGGGGGACGUUUCAGGAGUUCUGCCGCCGGUUCAUGAAUGACAAGCUGGGGUAUGGAUCCUGGUUUGAGCACGUGCAGGAAUUCUGGGAGCACCGAAUGGACUCCAAUGUGCUGUUCUUGAAAUAUGAAGACAUGUACAAGGACCUGGCGACCCUGGUGGAGCAGUUGGCGCGGUUCCUGGGCGUGUCGUGUGACAAGGCCCAGCUGGAGUCCAUGGUGGAGAGCUGCCACCAGCUGAUAGAGCAGUGCUGCAACCCGGAGACCCUCUCCAUCUGCAGGGGGCGCGUGGGCCUGUGGAAGGACAUCUUCACCGUCUCGAUGAACGAGAAGUUCGACGCGGUCUACAAGCAGAAGAUGGGCAAGUCGGACCUGACCUUUGACUUCAGCCUGUGAAGAUCCUCCAGCUGCAUGGAAACCACAGACCUGACUGCAUUGCUUCCUGUUCCUGUAAACCCGCUGGACCAGCUGGCUACUCCCAUCUUGUGUCACAGCACGUAGACUUCAGUAGAGACUCCUGGAUCUCCAGUUGCUGUUUUAAUCUUACUGUAUAAUCAAUCAUUCAUCUUUCUAUUCUAGACAUAUGAUGGUAUAUUUACCCAGCUUUGCAUAAGCCAAUGGCACUACCCUGCAUAAUCGUUUUUGGAGGUGAAUUUCAAGGUGUACUCCGAUAUCCAGCUGCAAUAGUUAUUAAACAGGCCCCCGAAAUAUGAUUCAUUUUCCGUUCCCCAGUGUCAGUCGUUGCACGGCGUGCUGGAAGAAUCUCAGGUUUCGACUGCUGCAGUAAAAGCCGGGCCUCCCAGGAACAGUGUUGAGAUUCCCUGCCCCCCCCCCCCAGCAGCAGCAGUGUGACGAGUCCGCCCCUGCGGACAGCACGCCUGCUGUGGCCCCUGCUGUUGGGUUUCCCAGGCUGCUGUGCGCAGAGCCAGGCCCUUGCGUGUGCCUGCUGCGCUGGAGCCUGGCCGCGGUCAGAUUAACGCUGCCCAUGCUGAAGCCAUCUGCCCCCCCCACCACAGCUGCUCUACUAGGAAGUUCUGCUUGGAGAAUUCCUGGAAGUGCAGCCGGCCAGACGAACCGAACAGCGUGACGGUGGUGCAACCGCUUCCCCCUUUCAGCCUGACCGCUGGUGCGCUCAUCUGCAGCGCCGCGGGACGCCGUCCCUCCCACCUCUGGCCCAGCACGCCCAGCCCCGCCCCACUGCUCCGCAAGACGUGCAGUCCAGCCUCGCGGCGAACCCGCGUUACAGGGGCCGCCAGAGUCCUGCAGGGACGCGACCACCGGGCCCCACGCUGAGCCGACCCCCGCUGCCCCUCAGCGACUGGACACUGCACCCCACCCUCGGGCACGGCAGCGCAGCGUAAGGACCCUGCACACACCACAUUAUUGGGGAGAUUCCUCUCUGGUGUCCAGAACGUCCUUGAACACUACACAGGCUGGAGGUCCCAGCGGCCCCCUACUGCACAGUGAGACACUUAUGAAUGUCUUUAUGGUGUGGCUGUACAUAGCUUGUCCAGAUGUUGUCGGUGACAUUCCUAAUGGCAUGGCUAGACUCGAUAGCACUUUUCCCUGUUACCUGCUCUGUUUUACCGGUGCACGGUUUUGGUUCUAUUUUUUAUAUUGUUUGGUUAUCGUGCACAUUCCUAUGCACUGUACUUUCCUUUCUGGCUUGCUGGUUUAUUAAUAAAUAAGUCUUCGGCCCCCU